AUGGGACUGAGCCACAAGGAGUUUGAGAAGGCGGGGAAGUCCACCGGGCUCCUGAUCUGGAGGAUUGAGAACAUGGAGCUGGCACCUGUAUUGGAGAGUCUCCAUGGUAACUUCUAUGUGGGGGAUGCCUACCUCAUCCUGCGUACAGUCAAGCAGGGAAACAGCUAUUGCUACGACCUGCACUUCUGGCUAGGUAAAGAGUGCAGUCAGGAUGAGAGCACCUGCGCCGCCAUCUUCACCGUGCAGAUGGAUGAUUACCUGGGAGGAAAACCUGUUCAAUACAGAGAACUGCAAGGGUUUGAGUCCACAACCUUCACCAGCUACUUUAAGGGAGGAAUCACGUACAAGGCAGGAGGGGUGGCUUCAGGGUUCCAUCAUGUGGUCACCAACGACCUGACAGCAGAGAGACUCUUCCACAUCAAAGGCAGACGUGUGGUUAGAGCGACAGAGGUGCCCCUCACCUGGUCCAGCUUCAACAAAGGGGACUGCUUCAUCGUGGAUCUGGGUGCAGUAAUAUACCAGUGGUGCGGCUCCAACUGCAAUAAGUUUGAGAGGCUGAAAGCUGCACAGGUGGCAACUGGUAUCCGUGACAAUGAACGGAAUGGAAGAGCUAAGCUUAUUGUGGUAGAAGAGGGAAGUGAACCCCUUGGCAUGACAAAGGUCCUGGGAACUAAACCAGACCUUCCUGAUGGGGAUGAUAAGGAUGAUGUGGUGGCAGAUGUAUCCAAUCGCAAAAUGGCCAAACUCUACAUGGUGUCGGAUGCAACCGGGACCAUGAGGGUAUCUCUGGUGUCUGAGGAGAAUCCCUUCUCACAGACACUGCUCCUGUCAGAUGAGUGCUUCAUUCUGGACCAUGGAGGAAAUGGGAUAAUAUUUGUGUGGAAAGGCAUGAGGGCAAACAAGGGCGAGAGGAAGGAAGCGAUGAAAACGGCUGAGAGCUUCAUCAGACAGAUGGGUUAUGUGCAGAACACCCAGAUUCAAGUUCUUCCAGAGGGGGGUGAAACUCCUAUGUUCAAGCAGUUCUUUCAGAACUGGAAGGACAAAGACCAAAGUGAUGGAUUUGGGAAGGUUUUUGUCACAGAGAGAAUCGCUCACAUUCAACAGGAAGAGUUUGAUGCCUCCAAGCUCCACAAAUCCCACCACAUGGCAGCUAAGUACAAGAUGGUGGAUGAUGGAACAGGUGAUACAAAGAUAUGGAGAGUGGAAAGCAGUGGCAGAGUUCCAGUUGACCCAAAAACGUACGGACAGUUCUAUGGUGGUGACUGUUACAUCAUUCUGUACACGUAUGCCAAAGGGCAAAUCAUCUACACCUGGCAGGGCUCAAGUGCUUCUCGAGACGAGCUCACGCACUCUGCCUUCCUCACUGUGGAGCUGGACCGCUCAUUGGGGGGGUGUGCUGUGCAGGUCAGAGUGUCUCAGGGCAAGGAGCCAGCUCAUUUGCUGAGCCUGUUCAAAGAGAAACCUCUUAUCGUGUUCAAAAACGGGACAUCUCGUAAAGGGGGCCAGGCAUCCGCAGCUCCCACUCGGCUCUUCCAAGUGCGUCAUAACUUGGCAACCAUCACACGCAUCUCAGAGGUCGAGGCUGAGGCACAGAGCCUGAACUCUAAUGAUGCCUACCUGCUGAAGAUGCCGCAGGGGCAAGGGUACAUCUGGGUAGGCAAGGGGGCGAGUGAGGAGGAGGUGCAAGGGGCAAUGUACAUCAGUGAGCAGCUGAACUGCCAGUCCAGCAAGAUCACAGAGGGACAGGAACCAGCUGACUUCUGGGGGAAGUUAGGUGGGAAAAAAGAAUAUCAGACAUCACCAAGGCUCGAGAGCAAAACUGUCAUUCACCCACCACGCUUGUUCGCCUGCUCAAACAAGACUGGCAAGUUCAUUAUUGAAGAAGUUCCAGGAGAUUUUACCCAGGAUGAUUUAGCUGAAGAUGAUGUGAUGCUGUUAGAUAUCUGGGAUCAGGUGUUUAUAUGGAUUGGAAAAGAUGCCAAUGAAACUGAGAAAACAGAAUCUCUGAAGUCAGCAAAGACUUACAUCGAGACAGAUCCAGCAGGCCGGGACAAAAGGACCCCGGUGGUGAUUGUAAAACAGGGACAUGAGCCCCCCACAUUCACAGGCUGGUUUUUGGGCUGGGAUGCAGCACGGUGGGACUCUGACCAUGUUGCCAAAGCAAUGAAAUCACUACAAAUCGCAUGA